AUGCCCACGCUCCGGCAACGUCCUGGAAAAGCUGCCCCCCAAUCAAAAAGGAGGAAUUCGGGUGCAGGAGAUGAUGCUCACGAUUCCUUUUCUGGCUCGUCGGGGAAGGGAAAAAACGCCUCUUCCAGCUCAGAUGGCGGGAUGGAAGUGGCAGAAGCAGUAGUGGUCGAGGUGGUCAACCCAAACAGAGAAGAAUCCGACAGAAUGCGAGCCAUCUCCAUCCUGGACAUCUUCCGUCUCAUUUUCUUGCUCCUACUCACCUCCUCCGCGCUAUCUUACUUCAUUACCUCCGAUUCAUUUUUCUGGGGUUAUAGACCCUGGUUUACGCGCUGGCCUGUCGUGAAGCGUUAUAUCCUCGGCCCUAUAAACCUCACCCCAGCCCAACUAGCCCUGUACAAUGGCUCUGAUCCCGCCCUUCCUAUCUACGUCGCCAUAAACGGCACAAUCUUCGACGUCUCCGCGAACCCACGCAUCUACGGUGCGGGUGGCGGCUACAACUCCCUUGCCGGGGUCGACGCGACCCGUGCCUUCGCCACGGGUUGCUUCAAGGAGGACCGCACCCCGGACCUUCGUGGCGUGGAGCUGAUGUUCGUCCCCAUCGAUGACGACGAUGGGAAUCCGGCCGAGCAGGCGAUGAGUGGCGCUGAGAAGAAGAUUCGGCGCGAGAAGGAGUUGAGGGCUGCGCGGGAGAUGGUGAGGAAGCAGGUGGCGCAUUGGAAGGAGUUUUUUGAGAAUCAUAAGGAUUAUUUUGAGGUGGGGAGGGUGCUGGGAGGUCCUGGGGUGGAGGGGAAGGGGUUGGAAAUGAGGGAGUUGUGCGAGCAGGCGCAGAAGAUGAGACCCAAGCGGUCAGUUCUGAAUGAGAACGCAGCUGGAGGAGAUGGCUCGUGA